UUUCCAUCCAGAGAGCAGAGAGAGAGAGAGGAGGAAGAAAAGAGCAGAAAGAGAAGAAGCACCACACCGAGGUUUUGCUUUAAUAAAAAGGGAACCCUCUGCUACUAUACCAGGAUAUAAACACACCUUCCAGGAGGAGAUAACUGCAGCUAUCACCUUUCUUUCACGGCUGAUCAGUGCCUGAAGAGGAUGAUGCUCUCCUGAAUCCCCCCUCGCUCACCCCCCCCCACCCCCUUCAUCCUCCUCACCACCGCCUCAAUCAUGAACCACACCCCUAGCCCCCACCUGUCCGAUGGCGGUAAGUCGCCCGGAGGCGGCGGCGGUCUGCUGUGCAGCCUGGGUCUGGGGUCCGACAGGGGGAUCCGCUCCCCGGACAGCCUCACCCACACCCCCAGCCCCACCGGAGGAACCCCCAGCUCCAGCCCCCCGCUGCUGCUGUCGCCCGGGCUGGGAGGCUUCGGGCUGAUAUCCCUGGGAUCCCUGGGCGAGGGGGCCGGGGCCGACUGGGAGAGCAGGGAGGAGCUGAGGCUCAGGGAGCUGGAGGAGGCUCGGGCCAGAGCGGCCCAGAUGGAGAAGACCAUGAGGUGGUGGUCGGAUUGCACCGCCAACUGGAGAGAGAAGUGGAGCAAGGUUCGUUCGGAGCGUAACCGCGCACGUGACGAGGUUCGUCAGCUGAGGCAGCGGCUGGACACCCUCACCAAGGAGCUGACUAGCGUCCGGCGGGAGCGGCAGGAACUGACCUCAGAGAACGAGACGCUACGGCAGGAGACGCUGCGCCUCCGCGGCGACCUCGCCACCGACGCUCCUCCUCCUCCAUCUGCCACUUCUCCAUCUUCCUCCCCCGCACACCCUCGCGGCGCGUCCUCCUCCUCCUCUCCGUCUUUACCUCCCUCCUCCCCGGCCUCCUCCUCCUCCUCUAAGGUCAACGCUGACGGCAAGCUGGACAGGGUGGGGGAGGGACCGCCGGGGUCUCCGGAGCCAGAACCGGUGAGGGACGUGGACUUGGACAGACAAAAGGACUUGGAGGUGCUGGAGUCGGUCCUGCGGUCCAGGGCCCCGGACGGUGACACUCAGGAGGCCUGGGAAAGUCGCGGCGGCGUUAACCCGUCCACCUCGCGCUCGUCCUCUGGUCUGAGCCGGCAGGAACGCAGCAGGCAGCUGUGGGACGACAUCAGCACGGUGGAGGAAGACGCCAGUAAACUCAACGCCCUGCAGCUUCGCCUGGACGAGUCCCAGAAAGUCCUGCUGAAAGAAAGAGAAGACAAGCUCGCACUGAGUAAGAGCAUCGAGAGGCUGGAGGCUGACCUCACUCAGUGGAAAUUCAAAUACGAGGAGCUCAGCAAGACUAAACACGAGACCCUCAAACAGCUGAACCUGCUGAAGGAAAUGCACCAGGAUGAACUCGGCCGCAUAUCUGAAGACUUGGAGGACGAACUGGGAGCCCGGACCAGUAUGGACAAGAAGCUAGCUGAGCUACGAGCUGAGAUGGAGAGGCUGCAGGUGGAGAACGCCGCAGAGUGGGGGCGCAGGGAGCGCCUGGAGACGGACAAACUGGCCCUGGAGAGGGACAACAAGAAGCUGCGAGCUCAGGCCGAAGACCUAGAAGAGCAGCUGGCCAAGAAACGGCGGCAGGCCGCCUCCGCACUCGACACCGACCUCAAGGCCAUCCAGACGGAGCUGUUUGAGAGGAACAAGGAGCUCGCUGACCUUCGCCAUGUUCACUCUAAGCUGAAGAAGCAGUACCAGGAGAAGAUGGUGGAGCUUGCCCAUGCCAACCGGAGGGUGGAUAGCCACGAGGCCGAAGUCAAGAAGCUACGACAGAGGGUGGAGGAGCUGAAGAAAGAGCUGGGACAGGCGGAGGAUGAGUUGGAUGAGUCCCAUAACCAGACCAGGAAGCUGCAGAGGUCUCUGGAUGAGCAGGUCGAGCAGACUGAGAACCUGCAGGUACAAUUGGAACACUUACAGUCAAGACUGCGGCGGCAGCAGCAGAGUCCUGGUCUGUUUGGGAAAAUACGUUCGGCUCGGUUCAGCCCAGAAAACCCAGCAGACGGUCAGACCAGCGACCUGGACGAGGAGGAGGAGGAACUGCAGCUCCAGAUCCCAUGACACACACACACACACACACACAUAUACAUAUAGUGAUACAGGAUAUACUUAUACAGACAUCAGCAGACACAUAAUCAAGUUAAAUACUGAUGCUCCUGGGGGAAACUUUGUAUCUCUAGGAACGGUGACAGUUGUGCAACAGGAAGCAGCCGUCUUCUGCUCAACCAGCAAUAUCUCAAAAGACCUCUCUCAGGGUGUUUUCACACUUAGUCCCUCUGAGCCUUCCAAACGAACUCAGAGCGAUUAGUCAGCAUGGUGGUCAGAGUUCGGUUCGCUUCAUGUCCGUGUUGCAGUUCGCUCAACCUGUACAUUGUGAUCACAAAGCGCUCCAGGUUUCGCUUUAGGGAUGUCACGAGAACCGAUAACUUCGGUACCAAGUCGAUGCAAAAAUUCUGAAGACUUGACGGUACUCGUUUUUCUACAGUACGAGACUAAUGGCGUCCCGGCGUCCCAGGGACAAAAGAAAAUGUGUUUGGAUAUUGGCGAGAAACUUGAAUAAAAACAGUAGUUUAAAGGAGAUGUUUUUACAGUUUUAGAGACAUUAUGUACAUUUUACGACCACCGCUUGAGGACAGAGAAACGUGUCUUUCUGUCUGUAUCAGUUCUGCCCCCAAAUGCUCGUUAUGAUUGUAAUAAUUGAAGACAAAACACAUUAAUAAUUGCAUUGAUUGCACAGGCAGGACAUCCUAAAACACCGUAAAACACCGUAAAACACCGUAAAACACCGUAAAACACCGGUGGCAGCAACUUGACGAAAGCUUUGCAUUUUCCAUAUAUGUUUAUGGGCUUAAUUAAUUUAUUUCAUUAGGACUAUGUGGUGUCUGAGCUCCAGUGAAACUACAGUGUGAACAGAAAGAGGACUGAGGCCCCAUCAGGGCUGAAGUGGACCAGAAACAGAACCGAGUCCCUUUUCUGUUGGUCCACUUUAAGAGGACUGAGUUUGGUUGGGUUAAAAAGGACUAUGUGUGAAAACACUCUAACAUUAUGGGUAUUUUACUCAGAGUCAAAUCAAAAGGUCAAUAUCACUUUAAUGUCUCUGUUGGGAUGCAGAUGUUAAUGAUCAAUAAUCAAAUUAACCUUAAAAUCAAAGCACGCCAAGUCAAACAAAGAGAGAAACCACACAGUUGUUCAUCUGAACGAGGUGAUGUGACAGAGUUUCCACCCAGCAGCAAUAUGACAAACACUAACCCUUACACGCACACAUUCCCAUACACACUAAGACACACUCAUACUAUAUAGACACACACACAGCUACGAGAUCAAACCCAGCAGGGAGGCGUGUGACUGACAUUAACGGGAUGUCCGGACAGUGGGACGCUGAAUGAAACGGAUCUUUCUUCAGCUUCCACCAAAAACCACUCCAGCCGAGGCCGACGCUCAUUCUUACCUCAUAUCAUCACAAGCGUUUCACCACCUGUCCCAUCUGAACUGUGCUACUGUGGUCAACAAGCCUCAAACCCACAUCCACAUCACCAGUACAUACAGCCGUCAGCUGUGAGGAAAAAGGCCUUUCGUGAUAUUGUUGAUAUAUCACAAAGGGAGUAGCAGUCAUUUUAGGGAAUUUCUCCCAAAUAUCGAAGAUUCAAAAUCUAUUUUCCCACGAAUCUAAAGAUCACAACCACUGCUGGAGCACACUGCACCAUGUUUAGCCUCAUUAUAGCUGCAAGCUGGACAGAGUUACAGCAGCGGCGCCGGAAUGAGUUUUGAGGGGGAGGCAGCUUUGGAUGACGUAAUACAGUGUUUGCUAUCGGAUCUUGAGAGACUGUGGUGUGGUGCUUCCCCCAGAAGAAAAUCUUGAACGUAAUAAAGUUAAAUGCAUCAAUCUGGAGCACUUUGAGAGCAACAUUACGAGGCUAGAUCUAUGAAGAACUUGUAUGGUUGUCUGGUUAUGAAUGCUGAUGGCAAGAAGUCACACAUCAUAAGAACAAUAUACGAAACGGUGAGAGAGGGCACUCUGUGCAGCGAGAACUCCACGACCCCGGGCAGUGGCGAGGUCCGAGCGAGGGGUGCUGUAAAACUCACUGUCGGGCCUCUCCAAGCAGACGUAGAGUCAGUCGCGGCGCACCAAACGAUGCGUCCGGCAUCGUAACUGAAACUGUAGCGUGCUGGAUGUCAGAUCACUUUGAUUUCAUUUUAAUUGGGCUACACAAAUUGGAUAAAGAUCCACACUCUGCUCCGCCGAUUGCAAAACGUGGAUAAACAGAUUCAGUGCUUUUUUGGGGGCGUCAACUUUGCGUUUACGCACGUAUUGUCUGAAAGAAAUAGACUUGAAGCGUAAAUAAAGGCUUUCAGUUCAGGUUGCCGUUACGUGAGACACAGCUGAGAUGAAGCCGUGCAGACAGCACAGAAGCGGUUUCAGAUCAUGGAUGGAUGGAAAAUCUGUAGUUCUUCCUGCAUCCAGCACCGUCAUUCGACGGGACAGCGAUGUAGUUGGUGGUAGUGAGAACUACAGAUUUCUAGUGUCCGCCUCUAGGUAACCAGGGAGCGUGCUCUAGCUGCCACUCAAAAACAGAACUUCAUGUUCUCUUUGCUUGUAUUGUAAACAAUGAAAAUGGCUUCCCGAAAUAUGAGUGCAGAGAGAUAUUAUAGACGAGGAUACAUUUUACAGUGUUUUGUCUGACUAUAGAUAUUCAGCCGGAUUUAUUGAAGCCAGAGUAAUGCGCGCAAUGCAUCCUGGUACAUGUUGGCAAUGCCAGCUAAAUCCUUCUGAAUUCUCCUUCACAUCCUUCCUUGACCUCAUGACGUUUUCCAACGAGGUCAAGGAAAAGUGGUUCGGACAAAGACAUUAGGACGUCAUUUUUUUUACUUUUCGACCGCAGCCUAGUAUUGCGAUACUAUUGAAAGCUUUUCAACAGUAUACAGUACUAUAGUACACACACACACACACACACUGGUGGAACCAAACCUUUCCAGACAGCAAAGGGUAGAAAUACAAAGUUGUGUUGUUCUGUCCUCAGUUUGUUGGUGCAGGAGAGAUCUGGAUGCAGUGUUUAUGCUGAGUAUUCAGUCAUGUUCCUGGUGGAAAAUCCCACAAAUCCCAAGUAUUUAUGUCCAGUAAUUCCCUCAGGACCGUAGCAGUAUUUAGACAUCAUGGGAUAAUGAACCACUCAGUGAGACCCAGACCAGUAAAACUCCUGCAGGCUCCUUUCAGACGGCCCCUGUAUUCAACAGUAGGGGAGUUCUGGACACGCUGGGUGUUGGACCGUUAAUUUAUUUGUACACGGCUGGACUAAACCUCCCACCGGUGAAAGAGCUCCAGUCCAGCAGUGGAUACACGCAACAGUGAAAGCAAUAAAACAUUCAUUUAUCUUCCGCCACCAUCCGCCGUCACCGUCGGCCUCGGCCUCCGCUCUGACGCUGGAACGGGACCAAGAUAUUUUUACUGAUCAGGAUUCUGAACUAUUUAUGUUGUCGUUGUUAUGGUUUAGUUUUUAUAAAUGAUCUGUACCACAGUGGUUUUGUAUUAGCUCUAUAAAUGUCAACUGUACAUAUAAAGAAAGGAGAGUCUCUGUCUUUAUUCUCCGUCCUGGAUGUGUUCAUAAUGACGCUUUUAUUUUGAAGAACUUUCCAGCGCUGCCUCGCUAACGUCACAGUUCUCCUCAAGGUUUCUCUAAAAACGUACACUUUUCCUAAAUAGGCUGGGCGAGUGAUUUCUCACGGACCAGCAGGAAGUUGAUGAAGUUGCCAUGGUGAUGUUGGUGAUGCUCAUGCUUAGGUUAAUCAAAUCUUAAUUGCAAUUCAGACACGUAUUGUCUGGAUAUUUCCAGUGUGUUCAUUGAACAUGAAAACGUGGAUUGGGAGGAGAAACUCUUGUUAGAUGAAUCUAACGAAAUGGACGGAGUCUCUGUCCGUCUGUCCGUCCUUUGAUUUUCUCCUCAACCGUUGAA